GCUGUUGGGGCGGGGAGGUGGGACCCGGAGAGGGGUGGCCGUGGGGCCCGGCCGGGCUGGGGUGGGGGGCCGCAGCCAUGAUCCGGGCCUUCUCGUUCCCGGUGAGCCCCGAGCGGGGCCGGCUGCGGGGCUGGCUGGAGGGCAGCCUGGCCGGGCUCUGCGAGUUGCACUGGCUCCGGGAGAGACAGGAGUACCGCGUGCAGCAGGCGCUGCGGCUGGCCCAGCCCGGAAUGGGGGGCGCCGAGGCCGAGGACGAGGAGGACGCCGAUGAGGACGAAGAUGCCGCGGCGGCGCGCCGGGCCGCAGCGGCCCUGGAGGAGCAGCUGGAGGCCUUGCCUGGGCUCAUCUGGGACCUGGGCCAGCAACUGGGAGACCUGAGCUUGGAGUCUGGGGGUCUGGAACAGGAGAGCGGGCGCAGCUCAGGCUUCUAUGAAGACCCCAGCUCCACAGGAGGUCCAGACUCACCACCCUCUACCUUCUGUGGGGACAGUGGCUUCUCUGGAUCUGGCUCCUAUGGACGCCUGGGUCCCUCUGAACCCCGGGGCAUCUAUGCCAGCGAGAGGCCCAAGUCCCUAGGUAAGGUGGGUGGGGUUGGGGCCCCGAGAACCAGGGAAUGGGCAGUAAGAGAAUGGUUUUGAGCACAAGCUUCUGAGUUAGACUGAUUCAAACUCUAGCUGUGACCCUCCCUCCUCAUGUGAUUUUGAGCAUGUUGCUUCUUUCUGGGCCUCUGUUUCUCCAUCUGUUAAAAUGGGAUUAAUAACAGCACCUACCUCAUAAGGAAGUUUCACAUAUUCAGUGAGCCUCAGCCCUAACUGCCAUUGGACUUGGUACUUGGUAGCCACUCGUAAACAGCAACUGCUGUUGUUCAUUUAUGCAAGUAAGUCUCUGAGCCCCUGCUAUGUGCCAGCUUAGCUCUGUUUCAGUGGUGAGGGAUACGACAGUGAAAAAAAAAAAAAAAACCCUGUCCUCAUAAAGCUGACUUUCCAGUGGGAGAAACAGAUAAUAUACGAGAUAAAUAAGAUAUAGACAUAUAGGAUGAGAAGAAAGGGAAGGGGGCUAGGGAGGGCAUCCCCUUUUGAGUUGGGGAGGAAGUUGCAAUUUUAGGAGACAUGGCUAGGGAGGGUGUCACUGAGACUCUGACAUUUGUGUGGCGCCCUAAGGUAAGUGAGAGAGUGGGCCAAGCAGAUAUCCUCAGGGAAGCGUGUUCCAGGUAGCGCGAACAGCAAGUGCAAAGGCCCUGGGGCUGGAACGUGACUGGCGUGUGCUUCCAGGAGGUCAGUGGAGCUGGAGACCUAGAAUUAUAGAAGAGAGGGGUUAGAGAUGGAGGUCGGAGAGGCAGAGGCAGGGCAGUGAAGAUUCAGGGUCUUGUGAAGAUUUUGUUAUGAACCCGGUAUGAGGGGAAGGGUUUUUGAUGACAGCGGAAGAGGACGGGGUAGGCAACUUGCCCCACCUAGACUCACUGAGCAAAGGCUUCGAGG